GGGGUGGUGGUAGUGGUGGUGGUGGUGGAAGAGGACCUUUCUCCCGAGUCUGAGGCGAGCUGGAGUGGUCCGCCCUCGCUUCAGUGUGCCUUCAGUCUCUCAUCGGUCCAGCUCACCUCACUCCCUCCCCGCCAUGCUCCUCAGGCAGAUGAAAGUACUGCUGGUGGCGUGUCUCUGCAUCGUGCCAGCGGUCGCUCGGCCCUCCGCCACCGCCACCGCCACGGCCACCAGCACCUCCUCUUCUUCCUCCUCCUCCUCUUCCGCCCACGCCACCAGUAGCACCUCCUUCUCCUCCUCCUCCUCAACUGCCUCCGCCCACGCUGCCACGCCCAAGAUCGCCAUCCUCCCCACCACUUCCCCAUCAAAGAGUGGCACCCAGAACGCCAAGAGGGAAGCGUCAGCAAGAUGGCGACCCGUCAGCCCCGCGAGGUCUCACUCCAUCUUCAGGGUAUUCAACGUCCCCAGUGGAUACAACACCGAUGAAAAUUCCUACGAGAUGAACGACAUCCCAUCGGGCACACUUAGCUUGUUCAUUCCACCAGAAAUCCCGACCAAGGAAGCAAGGCAGCUGCAGUACUUCGCCAAUAUGCCCGAGGUUCCCGUGCCCGCACACGUGCACAGAGUCCUUCACGAGGCGCCAUUCUUCGACACGAUAGAUCACGCCAAGCCGAUCCUCGCCCUGCAGCAGCGGAGGAAGUAUGCAGGAAUUGCUCCGCUCGCCCUUAAGAGCAUUCGACCAUACUUUCCUUUCUUUAUGUAUGAGUAGCAACCCCAGACUCCUCUUCAACCCCUUGUACAUGUCUUCGGGAAUUGAAUUCCAUAACAUAGUAUAAGCUUAAAUUAAGUUCUGUUAUAAACUCAAAUAUCCAUUACUGAUUCAUGCGAAGUGGCGCCCAUGACUAACAUGAACAUUAUACCUACUCAUCAAAAAAAAGCCACAAAACACGAUAAUGGAAUAAAAUAAUAUAUUUAAA